GAGGCACAGUUAGAUGAAGAAGGGCAGUUUCUUGUCCGAAUAAUAUAUGAAGAUUCUAAAACAUACGAUCUGGUUGCUGCUGCAAGCAAAGUCCUCAAUCUCAAUGCUGGAGAAAUCCUCCAAAUGUUUGGGAAGAUGUUUUUCGUCUUUUGUCAAGAAUCUGGUUAUGACACAAUCCUGCGUGUGCUGGGAUCUAAUGUCAGAGAAUUUCUGCAGAACCUCGAUGCCCUGCACGACCACCUUGCUACCAUCUACCCGGGUAUGCGGGCACCUUCCUUUAGGUGCACCGAUGCAGAGAAGGGCAAAGGGCUCAUCCUGCACUACUACUCAGAGAGAGAAGGCCUGCAGGACAUUGUCAUCGGGAUCAUUAAGACGGUAGCUCAGCAGAUCCACGACACUGAAAUAGACAUGAAGGUUAUUCAGCAAAGAAACGAAGAAUGUGAUCAUACUCAAUUUUUGAUUGAAGAAAAAGAGUCAAAAGAAGAGGACUUUUAUGAAGACCUUGACAGGUUUGAAGAGAACGGCGCCCAGGAGUCGCGCAUCAGCCCACAUACCUUCUGCAAGGCUUUUCCCUUCCACGUCAUAUUCAGCCGGGACCUCGUGGUCACUCAGUGUGGCAAUGCCAUCUACAGAGUCCUUCCCCAGCUUCAGCCUGGGACCUGCAGCCUCCUGUCUGUCUUCUCCCUGGUCCGUCCUCAUAUUGACAUCAGUUUCCAUGGGAUCCUCUCACACAUCAAUACGGUCUUCGUAUUGAGAAGCAAGGAAGGGUUGUUGGAUGUAGAGAAAUCAGAGUGUGAGGAUGAACUGACGGGCACUGAGAUCAGCUGCUUACGGCUCAAGGGCCAGAUGAUCUACUUACCUGAAGCAGACAGCAUACUUUUCCUGUGCUCACCAAGUGUCAUGAACCUGGACGACCUGACCCGGCGAGGGCUGUACCUGAGCGACAUCCCCCUGCACGAUGCCACGCGGGACCUCGUGCUGCUGGGGGAGCAGUUCCGAGAGGAGUACAAGCUGACCCAGGAGCUGGAAAUCCUCACGGACAGGCUGCAGCUCACACUGCGUGCCCUGGAAGAUGAAAAGAAGAAGACAGACACGUUGCUGUACUCUGUCCUUCCUCCGUCCGUGGCCAACGAGCUGAGGCACAAGCGUCCGGUGCCCGCGAAGAGGUACGACAACGUGACCAUCCUCUUCAGCGGCAUCGUGGGCUUCAACGCCUUCUGCAGCAAGCACGCGUCUGGGGAAGGGGCCAUGAAGAUUGUCAACCUCCUCAACGACCUCUAUACCAGAUUCGACACUCUGACAGAUUCCCGGAAAAAUCCAUUUGUUUAUAAGGUGGAAACGGUCGGUGAUAAGUACAUGACGGUGAGUGGUUUACCAGAGCCCUGCAUCCACCAUGCACGUUCCAUUUGCCACCUGGCUUUGGACAUGAUGGAAAUUGCCGGCCAGGUCCAGGUAGAUGGUGAAUCUGUUCAGAUAACAAUAGGGGUUCACACAGGGGAGGUAGUCACUGGUGUCAUAGGACAGAGGAUGCCUCGCUAUUGUCUUUUUGGAAAUACUGUCAACCUCACAAGCCGAACAGAAACCACUGGACAAAAAGGAAAAAUAAAUGUGUCUGAAUAUACAUACAGAUGUCUCAUGACACCAGAAAAUUCAGACCCACAAUUCCAUUUGGAGCACAGAGGCCCAGUGUCCAUGAAGGGCAAAAAAGAGCCAAUGCAAGUUUGGUUUCUAUCCAGAAAAGUUACAGGAACAGAGGAAACAAAGCAGGAUGACAACUGAAUCUUGGACCUUGAGGUGAAGAGGGUGGGGUGAGGUCCAGUCUUCCCCUAAGUCCUGCCAAGCCUGGGAGCAGUCAUCCCUUGGUUCCUUUCCAUUUCCCCAAGCCUUUCUCCUGGUUAUCGCUUUCCUUAUUCAUUAUUCAGCUUUAGCUCUGCUUUUGAGUAUUUUCAAGGUUUAGUAUAUUAUCUGAAGUUUGGCUUCGUGUGGGUGAUGUGAGCUUCACGUGUCUUAAAAUCUACUAUAAGCAUCACCUAACAUGGUGACUUGCAAGUAGUAGGCACCCAAUAAAUAUUUGUUGAAUUUAAUUAAAUGAAACAGAACAGUAUUUGGCCAUGUGUCUCUAUAUAUGUAUGU